GUCAUGUCGAACACCAGGCAGCGUUAGAUGAUGACUUGCAUGUGGAACCAGCUGUUCAAUCUGAGUUGCAGCAAAUGUUCGAAGGUUAAUAAAUCGUGAAUAGCACGUGGGUUGAGUCAGGAGUGGCAUUGUUGCCGAUAUUCUUUUGCUAUUUCUUUCCCUCCCUCCUUCCUACCUUCCUUCCCUUUCGCCUUCUUCAUCCUCCUUCCUCUAACUGCGAAUGACUUUGACUUUCUUCUCAGUUCUCUGCCCUUUUCUUUCAACCCUGGUACUUUCUGGCCUUUGACAAAGUCCUCUCAUUCGAGUUCGCUGUCGAGGCCUCUACUAUCAUCACUCUCCAGCACCUUACUUCCUUCCUUCAUCCCUCACAUCUAAUCUACACCACACAACUCUAUCGCCAUUAUGUCGGUGCCUUGCACUUUCAAAUCCUGUCCUCGAACCUUCAAGACUGAAAAGCAGAUGAAAACUCACAAGAUCUAUGACCCCCAACAUUCAUAUUGCAAAUGCUGCGAUGAGGAUUUCGAAGAUGAUCUGGGUCUCUUCAUUCAUCAGCUAGGAAGCUCCAAUCAUAUCGUGUGCCCCGUCGAUGCUCUAGAGUUCAGAAGCUCGGCCGCCAGGGACAUUCAUUUUGAACAAUGCCACCCUCAGAAGCAGAGUCUCAACUGUGCCGGAUGUGAAGGUCUCUUCACCUCAGCAAGCUCUCUAGUGCGUCACAUUGAAAAAGAUGAAUGUUCUGUCAUUCGAUCAACAGAAUACCACCUUCAACGAGUCGAUCGUCAGCUUGACAAGGAAGCCUGGGAAUCUGAGGCCAAGGGUUCCAACUUUCCGUCGGCUGACUCAAUCAUAACUUCUCCUCCUAUCUCUAAACCUACCACCAGCUUCCUAAAGCCAGAUCUCUCUGUCCCACUCGGCGGACCUAUCCCCAACUCUCCGAUUGAGCAAUUCCCUCACCUGCCCGAUCUACGUCAAUCACGGGCCCCUUCUGGGGCUGUAUCUUCGAUCCGCCAGUCAAAGACUGAUCUACUUGAUCUCACGGAGCCUGAAGCACGUAUGGGUCGACUAAAACUCUCGCACCAUUCGUGGAGUAAAGACGGCACGUACCACUGUGAUGACGAGCCACAAUCGCAUGUCACAGACGAUAGGGUCCAUUACUGGCUCAAAGCUCAAGAUGACAACUUCAGCCCAGCCGAAGAUGCUCCAAGCAGACCUCAUACCGAGUCGAGUGAAAGUCCAGGUGGUAUGAGCUCCAUCACAAAAAAGCAAAACUACGUACCUCCCUCAAUCAGGUCCAGACAACCAGUUCAGCAUGAAGACAUCAAUCACAUCCAGCUACAAUCCGUGACAAAUCAGUCGGUCAUUUCCUCUCCCUCUCUCGAUGCUGAGCGCUUUUGGGACCCCUGGCGGGAAGAAUUCGUCUGCACCGCCCACGGUUGCCAUGGGCAAGGCUUUAAAACCCAUCAAGAGUUCCAGCAACACAAGCUAUCUUCUAUUCAUACUGGCGGCCAGGUCGUCUGUCCAGGCUGUCUCAAGUGGUUUAAAACUCAGGCUGGAUUUUUGGCCCAUGCUGCCACUAGGAAUAGGAAGUGUAAGGUGAAGGAGAGUUUUCAUUUCAAUACGGUGGUUCGAGAACAAACGGGGGGCAUGCUUGGAGCAGAGGGCUUCAUGGAAGAUGGCGUCACUCCCCGAUUCACAGCACAGAAACUCCAGGAUUGGUAGAAGGGUAAUUGUCAUUCAUGCAUAGAAACAGUGCAGCGCUGACAGAGGCCACGACUAAGAAUGACGACGAUGACGACGGCGACGAUAUUUGAACGAAUGGAGAGGACUGACAGCGACACCGAUCUGCUGAAAUGCCACAUAGUCCUUAUCAUAUUGGGGAGUUUGCAAUGACUGGCUUGAGCUAUCGAGCAAGCUCAAACCGCGGAAUUUGAGGCAUAUUCUCAGUUUCAGUCAAGUUACAAUUAACAGAGCGUUGAU